AUGCACCUGAACGGGCGGCUGAACCUGGCCAAGUACGGGAAGAUAGUUCGCGAGGAGAUCACCGCCACCCAUCGCAUUGUCCACCUCUUCUCGCCAAAGGACAUGAAGGAGCUCUUUGCUCAAGAGGGCCGCUACCCCUGUCGACGGUCACACCGGGCGCUGCUGCGGUACCGUGCCGAGCGACCGCACCUCUACGCCUCCGGGGGCAUCUUCCCGGAGAAUGGGCCCGAGUGGGCCCGCCUCCGGGACACCUUCAAGCGGCACUUUCUGCUGGCGCGCAACGUCAACGCCUACGACCGCCUGGUCAACGACAUCACCGACGACCUGGUCGGCUACGUCCGCCGCACCCGCUCGGCGGACACCCUUGAAGUGGCCGACUUCCAGGAGGACCUGUACCGGUGGGCGCUGGAGAGCAUCUGCAGCAUCAUGCUGGACGCCCGCAUCGGCUGCCUGGGCGUCGACCUCUCCGAGGAGAGCGACCCCAGUCGGCUGAUCAGGGCCGCCCACCAGACGAUCCACGCGGUGAUGAAGACGGAGCUGUACAGCAGCUGGCAGAGUAGGGACACCGCAGACUACCGGGAGCUGGUCCAGGGGCAGGACGUCAUGGCGGAGAUUGUCGGCAAACAUCUCAAAACGCGCAUCAGAGAGUUGGAGUCGGGUGUUGAGACGGAUAAAAAUGGCGACUCACUGCUGGCGCAGUUCAUCCUCAACCCCGAGAUCAACCGAAAGGACCUCUUUGCAAUGAUUCUCGACUGCGUGCUGGCGGGCAUUGACACCACCUCCAUCACGGCCAGCUUUGCGCUCUACUUUCUCGCCCGUCAUCCGCAGUACCAGGAGAGGCUGCGUGAGGAGGUCUUUCAGGUGAUGGAGAGGAACCACGUUGGCCAGCAGACUCCUCAGCAGAUAACGGCUGACCACCUGACUUCGAUGCCCUGGUUGAAGGCCAUUGUGAAGGAGACGCUGCGCCUUCGACCAGUGUCCAUUGGCGUCGGCCGGCUGACGUCUACUCCGGUGGAGAUCGGCGGCUACCAGGUGCCCUCCAACACGAUGAUCAUCACGCAGAACCAGGUCAGUUGUCAGCAAGAGGAGUACUUUCCUCAGGCGGAUUGUUUCAAGCCGGAACGGUGGAUGGUGGACCGAAGUAAGGCAGCUCCCGCCACUGCUCAAGCUCAGGCUGCUGAUAAUCGGUACCUGUGGCUGCCAUUCGGUCAUGGAACUCGCAUGUGCCUCGGCCGUCGCAUCGCCGAGCUGGAGAUGUACAUUCUUCUCUGCAAGGUGGUGGCCAAUUUUAAGGUGGAGUACCACCACGAGGACAUUGGCGUCAAGACGAUGCUCAUCAACUUGCCUGAUCGCCCGAUGAAGUUCAAGUUUACUGAUUUGUAG